ACCUGCGACAGUCCAUCAAAGCAGAAACACCUGCAAGAAUGCCUUUUAGCAUCAAAAAAUCGUGUCUGCAAAUUUUUAGAUGCAGAAAUUUCUCGAAUUUCAGCCCGCAUAGAGGAGAAGACUGGAACGAAGCAACCCGAAGUAAAAGUUCCUUUUACAACUGAGGCCGACCUAAAAAUUCGUCUGAAGAUUCUACGUUUUGGUCUGGAUGAACGGAGGAAGAAAUUAAAGGACUGCGAAAAUACGGCUUCGACGCUGGCUACAAAACUCGGCUCUAUGAAGCAAGAGGCUCAAAUGAAAAUGGUCUCAUUGCUCGAGGAUCUCGCAACUUGCAUGGAAUUUCAGAAGAAGAGUUAUCGAGACUAUCGACAACAAGUAGAGAGCAUGCGACGUGACUUGGAUGGAAUGAAGGUGAGUUCGGAUGACAGUGGAGAAGUGACAAUUGAAGAGAGAAACCAGAAACUUCAGACUCUGGCGGCUAAGAUUUGUGCUAUCAAGGAGGAAAUCAGUCAAUUGGAUGCACAACCUGUUCUCGCUUGCCAGCAGCUUGAAGCAUCUCAGCUUGAAUUCGCAGAAAAUUUGGACCGAAAGACGCAGGAAGUGUUAGCUAGCCAAGAGUUAAGGGUGGAGAACGUAAAGACGAAGUUCAAUCGAGUGAAGGAAUUGUAUGCUGAAGAAAAACAUCUCCAAAUGGAGAGAGUGAGGGAACUUGAGGCAGAAAAGACAAAGUAUAUGGAAAAGUUGAUGUGUAUUAAUCGCAAACUCGACCGACUGGGCAGACAGCACCUCCUCAGAGGUGCUCAAGGCGUCUACAAAUGGCUUAUGGCAAGCUUUGAUGUUCAGGAACCCGAGGAGGCAGAGGAAGUUGACGAGUGCGUUGGAAAACGAUGUGCAUUUUUCUGCCAGGAGAUUAAGCGUCUACAGCAGCAUAAUGCAUGGCUGGAAGGCAACCUGAAAACUGCGCAGACGAAGUCCCUUAGUCGUCAACGUAUAAAUGCUAUUAAAAUGGUGUUGGAUCGUGGAGGAUCGCAAACGACGCCAACUGAUGUGAGAAGAAGGAAUGCCUCGCGAUCAAUGCGGCCUCGUCCAAUCAGUGUGAUAGAGACUAGCACAAAGUCAACUGCUCAUCCUACUGCACUGGGCAACUUUACAACGCCUGAUCAAGUGGAUAGCCAACGACGGAGGAUGAAUUUUGCGAAACCAGCUCUAUCACAGGGGCCUCCUGCUAUUUCUGCCACUCAACGCCGCCUGGCCUACUCGCAAAGCCUGCGAGAGAGACGCAACACUAACAGAAUAUCGUUAACAUCACAUUCCUUUCAACGCGGAACACCUACUUCGGCGUCUUUUUCGUUCCGCUCUCCAACACCCCUCAUCUACACGGCUUUUCGAAGCACAAAAUGCACCGCGUCGAGAACAUUCGACUGUGUUGACUAA